AUGGAUCGCCCAUAUGGGUGGUUCCUUAUGGAGGGGUAUUCAACGAUAGUAGAGACGUCUGCUGUGAACUAUUACGUUGCGCUUAUCCAUGACACUUUUUGUGUAGUGGUCGUGCAUGUUGACAGAAGCCAGAUGGCUGCGAAAGAGCUCCACUUGGAGCAAAUGCUUGAGAAACAUGAUUGUGCUGAUUCACCUUGUGCACUGAAUGCGACGUGUGUCGAUCUGGUAAACGAUUAUGAAUGUAAAUGUCCCAAAGGAUUCAAAGGAAAGCGUUGUAAUGUCAAAGAAGAUUUAUGCGCAUCGGCACCUUGUGAACAUGGAUUAUGUGUGGAUACUCUGUUUGCUCGCAGUUGUAUUUGCGAUGAAGGAUGGACCGGAGAGAACUGCGAUGAAAACAUCGAUGACUGCGCUUCACAACCGUGCCAGAAUGGUGGAACAUGCACCGAUGAGGUUGCUGGAUUCUCCUGUUCAUGUCCAGCCGGCUACCGAGGCGUGCACUGUCAACAUGUUGUCGACCAUUGUGCCACAUCUCCAUGCAGAAACAAUGCUACCUGCACAAAUCUCGGCCCUUCAUAUCAUUGCGCUUGCCCGUUAGGCUUUGAUGGAACCCAUUGUGAACACAAUAAAGACGAAUGUGUUCAAGGACGUUGUGAUAGCAAUGGAACUGAGUCGUGCGAGGAUGGCAUCAAUUCGUUCACCUGCGUAUGCAAGCCAGGUUAUAGUGGAGAAUUCUGCGAAAUGCGAAUUGAUCAGUGCGCAUCGUCUCCAUGUAUGAAUAAUGGAACAUGCUACGAUGAAGGCGGUUCGUAUAGAUGUGAAUGUGCGAACGGAUGGACAGGAGAAACCUGUGAACAAGAGACUGGCAGCUGUGAUGCGAAACCUUGUCGCAACGAUGGUCGUUGUGUGAAUUUGGUUGCUGACUAUUUCUGCGUAUGCCCGGAAGGUGUUAGCGGAAAGAACUGCGAAAUCGCGCCGAAUCGGUGUCUUGGUGAACCUUGUCUCAAUGGCGGAGUUUGUGGAGACUUUGGAUCACGUCAAGAGUGUAGCUGUCCGAAGAAGUUCACAGGAGCCGGUUGCCAGUAUUUACAAGAUGCUUGUGCGGAAUCUGUCUGCUUGAAUGGUGGCCGUUGCAACCGAACAUCUGAUGGUGGAUUCAAGUGCGGUUGUGAACCCGGCUUCACCGGUGUGCACUGUGAAACGAAUAUAGACGAUUGUGCUCGCUCACCAUGCCCGCUCGGAGCCACAUGCAUCGAUCAGAUCAAUUCGGCAUACUGUAGGUGUCCGUUCAAUCUGACUGGGACGAACUGUGACAAGAUGAUUGAUGAAGACUACGAUUUGCAUUUCUUUGACUCGCUUCGACCUGCAAGUGCAUCGUUGGCACUACCUUUCCAAAUCGUGGCAAAGGCACUUACCUUAUCUCUAUGGGUAAAAUUCGACCAAGCCCAAACCAAAGGGACGGUGUUGACUAUGUAUAGUAGCAGCCAAGCCAACUACAGUGCCGAUCUAGCAGAAGUGUUACGCCUGGAUUCGGAAGGCAUCAAUAUUGAUUUGUUCCCUAAUGAAACAGCUCUCCGGCUUCAUUUUCCUACAAAUCAAGGAAUCAAUGGUGGUUCCUGGAAUCAUCUGGCUCUCACCUGGUCUUCAGAGCGUGGCGUUUACUCAUUGAUUUGGAAUUCUGUACGAAUUUUCGCUGGUUCGGGUUAUGGUACUGGACAGGAAGUGGAUAUGAACGCAUUAAUCACCUUGGGCAGCACUCGUCCUAGUGAAAGUUCAUUUGCCGGAUCAGUUACCCGUGUUUAUGCAUGGAAUCGUGUGUUGGACUUUGAUAGUGAGAUACCCAUGAUGGUGGUUAGCUGCCACGGUACUGAAGUUGCAUUUGACGGUUUGUUAUUACGAUUCAGUGGGUACACAGAAAUGAAUGGAAAAGUGGAGAGGAUACCACGCAGCACUUGUGGACGUGAAAAACGAAAGAGGCGAGAAGAAGCCGCUGUUAAAGUCGAGAAAUGCCCCGCUGAUCAAUUUGUGCUAUCAUCACAACGAGAAGUAAACAUUACAUGGCCAGAACCCGAAUUCCAAUCCGACAACAUGCUAAAAAAGAUUCAGAUGAACUUCAAACAAGGACAGGUGUUCACAUGGGGUGAGUAUGAUGUUCUCUACGUUGCCCAGGACAAUGCCUCGAAUACGGCUGAAUGUAGUUUCAAGGUCCAUGUAUCACGGGAACACUGUCCACAGCUGGAGGAACCUGUAAACGGCGUACAGGCAUGUGAAUCUUGGGGACCACAGCUGCGGUAUAAGGCUUGUUCGAUCGAGUGCCGCGAUGGUUACGAGUUUUCGCGACCACCCGCUAUCUUCUACACCUGUGCUGCAGAUGGAAUGUGGAGACCACGCCUUCGAAAUCAGUUGAUAUUCCGCUAUCCGCAGUGCACCAAGUCAGUACCGGCUACACGUGUGAUGCUGAUGCGAGUAUCUUAUCCGGGAUCGUCACCAUGCUCAGAAGCCAGCCGUGAUGCAUUGCGCAUGCGCCUCCUAGCUAGUAUUCAUUCCAUAAAUCAGAAAUGGGACAUCUGUUCCUUAACGUCUGAUACUUCUUCAUUUCUUACACAUUUAGCGAUAUCAAUGGUUGCGUUGGUGCUCGUGUGGAUGUGGGUUGUUCGGAUGAUUUUGCUCGAUCAAGGAGAGAAUCGCCAUCCUUCAAAAGAUCCUGUACUAAACUCUGUGAGUGGACAGAAAUCGAAGGUAGUGGAUGUGCUGCAGAAUGAAAUUAUCAACCAAGGCGCAUUCAACCUUGAAAAGGUACCUAGGAGUCGAAGAUGGCUCAAGUAG